GUACACAGUUAUUGCACUUUGAACAGUUCAACAACUAUUUUUUAUGCAAAUAUUAAAUAUUAAGUUAUUUGUUAUCUAAAAUGCUUAGGUUUAGUGAACCCCUUCGAAUCAGUGUUCAGGUGUUUUUUGUCCUGUGCGUGUUCUACUCGACAGAGGGAAGUAUAUUUACGGAAAAAUUCAGAAACUCAGAUCCUGCUCCUUACACAGAGUACUUUAUUGAACCAAUCGAAAGCGAAAGACCCCUGAAUCCGUUUGGAGAGAGUAUACCUGGAUUCUCACUGAACCCCCACUACAGCUAUUCAAAGUCAAGCUUCUCAAACUUUCAAAAUCAAAAGGUUGCUAAUGCUAAUUUAAACUACCAAUCCAAUCGUCUGCGACCUUCCUACCCUUCAGUCUCAGCGUAUAAAGAAUACCCAAUAGAUCAAAAUAAAGAAUUUGGAAUUGGAAAGAAGAAUUUAGAUCAAACUAUAGACCAAGCUGAAAACAGGCCGCUGUUGUUACCCACUCAAAGCAAAUUCAGCUUUCAUCAGACAAUGCCCAAGUCUCGAAAAAAUGAGAUUGUUCCUCUGAUGAACAGGGCUUCCCACACCAUGUAUUCGACUGACACUGUCCGGCUCCAUUCUCUUCUAAAAUCUGCUGCACCCGCUCGCAGUUAUUCUGCUUCCCUUCAACCCACCUGCCUAGAGAACUAUAAUCCAACUUAUCUUCUGAGCGUAGAGGAUACAAGGAUCAAUUGUCAGCUGGCUUGUUACCAGAGUAUAUCUAUACAAAACAAGCUUCAAAGUUGUUGGGAGUCCUGCAAUUCGGGAGAAUACAGUCAGUGUCAAAAAAUAUCCGUGUCUGCCGGAUUAGAAUUGGAGAACCAGCAGCACUGCAACUAUCUUUGCUUCAAGAAUUUUAUCUAUUCUAUUGUUGUGUAAUAAGUUAAUAACUUACAAAGAAAAUAAACGUUUUAAAGAAAAUCAAAA